GGCAAGUUGAUGGGUCAUAUCAUAUCAUAUGUUAUUAAAAAGGAAGAUUUUUGAAUCGUCUUCCCAAAAUUAAUUUUAUCUUAUACGCGCUCCCCACACGUUAAACCCUGCAUCAAAGCUUCAGUACAAAUAGCGAAAACACACACACGCACACAGUCACACCAAAUAAGAAUAUGGCUCACAAUAUUCUUAUAAUAGUCGCUAUCUUCAGUACUUUCACUGCCGCAACCGCCGGUCGUCUCAUCACCACCACCAAUUCCUCCUCUGAUAUCGUAAAUGACGGUGUUCACGGUGGCUACGGAGGUGUACUUCGUCUUAACCCCUUCCUAUUCUCAUCAUCUUCAACCGAAGAAUCUGGAAUCUGCGAGCAGUCUUAUGGAUUUUUGCCUUGCACCACCACCGUAUUUGGCAAUCUCUUCCUCAUUCUGGUAUACGGUUACCUUAUGUUCAUCGCCGCUACUUACCUCUCCGCUGGUAGUGAGUUGAUGUUGGAGAUUUUAGGUCCGGGUAUCGUCGGCGGCCUUUUCCUUCCUGUUCUCGGCGCUCUUCCAGACGCUAUGCUCAUUCUCGUGUCAGGAUUAUCUGGAAGCCCAGAAACAGCUCAAGAGCAAGUCUCUGUUGGCAUGGGAUUAUUAGCUGGAUCAACUGUCAUGCUUUUAACUGUCAUAUGGGGAACAUGUAUCAUCGUAGGCAAAUGCGAUUUACAAAACUCAAUUGCUAUAGAUAACCAAGAUACAAAAGGAUUCAACUUAAUAGGGUCUGGUGUGAGUACGGAUAUUUGGACAAGCUAUUCAGCAAUGAUAAUGGCUGUAUCUUUGCUCCCUUUUAUUGUUGUUCAAUUCCCACAAAUCAUGCAUUCGACUUCUGGAAGACACGUGGCAGUGUUAAUUGGACUUAUAGUCACCAUUUGUCUUUUAAUCGCGUACUGCGUUUAUCAGGUGUAUCAGCCUAAUAUACAGAAGAGACGCAUUGCAUUUGCAAAGCAUAAGCAUGUAAGGUCUAGAAUUCUCAACUACUUGAAAACAAACGCAUACGAAGGACUUUUAGAUGAUAAAGGCCACCCAAAUCGAGAAGUUUUAUUCAGGCUGUUUAACUCGGUUGACGUGAAUGGAGAUAAACACCUUUCACAAGCUGAACUAAGAGCACUAGUUGUAGGAAUGCAAUUAAACGACAUAAAUUUAAACGAAGAUGAUGCUGUUCUUAAAGUCAUGAAAGAAUUUGACACAUCUGGAAAUGAUGAAAUAGAUUUUGAAGAAUUUGUAUCCGGAAUCACAAAAUGGAUCGACGAAGCCAAAAGUACAAUACUAGCUUCUCAUGUUUCAGGUCCUGACACAACAAAUUACUUUCAUGACUAUUACGAGGAAACAAAGAGAGAACACUAUCUUUUGGGAGAUGAAGGGGGUGAUCAUGAUGAAGAGAAUGGUGUAAAGGAUCCUCAAUGGACAACGAUAAAGGCGUUGCUAUUUUUGUUAUUGGGUACGAUUGUUGCUGCUUUAUUUGCUGAUCCAUUGGUGGAUGCUGUUGGGGGGUUUUCUUCUGCUACGAAUAUUCCGUCUUUUUUUAUCUCGUUCAUUGUGUUGCCAAUAGCAACCAAUUCGAGUGAAUCAGUGUCCGCUAUCAUCUUUGCUUCCCGCAAAAAGCAAAGAUCUGCUUCGCUAACUUUUUCAGAGUUAUAUGGGUCUGCUACAAUGAACAAUUUGCUUUGCCUAUCGGUAUUCUUGGGACUUGUUUACGUGCGAGGACUAACAUGGGAUUUUACAUCAGAAGUUCUUGUUAUUGUGAUCGUUUGCAUUGUGAUGGGUGUGUUUGGUAGUUUGCGUACGACAUUUCCUCUUUGGACAUGUUUCAUUGCGUUUGUUCUUUACCCGUUCUCCCUUGUUCUUGUAUACAUUCUCGACUAUUGGUAUGGUUGGUCAUAGAUUCAACCAAUGUUGUGGUUGGUUGUAAAAUAUUGAUUUUAGCUUAAAGCUAACUAGUUAAUUAGUUAUGUACUAGUAUAUGUCAUAACUUUCUUUGUAAUUAUUUUAAUAGGUAGCUAAUUAGUUUUAGUAAUAGAGAAAUGCUAUAAUUUUAUAGCACGUGAUGUGAAUUGGAUAAAAGAUCUUCUGCGAUGUGUUGCAAACAAAGGUGUUCUUUGUUAUUGGCUUUUUCGGAAUCGUCUAGGUUAUUAUUGCUUUGGAUCCGAGUGUAAAUGGUUUAAGGUCAAUCUACAAAGAGAUCGGAAAGAGUGAAGCUUGGUUAUAUGUUUAAGACUUGGUACUUGAUAUCAAAAAUUCGACAACAAUGUAUGUUACAAGUUUCCAUUUGACAUGUGGAGUUCAUGAUCAAUGGUAAUUCAUCAAUGAAUAUGGGAACGCGGUGGGUGUUUAUAUGUUCAAAAGGUUAAAAAGGUUUAGUAGGACUUUGGUUUUACACAAUUUAUACAAAUGUUGGUAUUCUUGCAUGUAAUAUUUCUUCUUUAUGGAUCAAUAGCCACACAUGUAUGCACCAUUUGUAAGAUUUGUUAAGAAUAAUCAUAUUCAGGAUACAAAAGAACAUGUGAGACAAAUCAGUACUAUGGGAGGAAAUCAUUCUAAUGCCAUGCCACAUAGACAGCCAUAGGCUUAAGAAGGUCAUAAGACUUAUGUGAAUGCUUCUUUGGGAGCAAUGACAUCUCGUAGUGAAGGGAACAAGAGUGGCAGUGACAGGAUAGAAGCAAUACCUUAAGAUGAAAGUGAAUCUAGAGGUGAAAAUGAAUGAAGCUCUAUCUAAUUGGGUCGUUUUGGCUGAUUUAACGACUUGGAAUUCAUUCUAAAUUAAUCUUGUUAUGUUGGAGUGAAGCAUUUCUUGAUUUGAUAAUUCAAUAUAUCAAAAGUAUGUGGGCUAUGAUAGAAUAUUUACCUUGUCCCACUGGCUUGUUGAUAAUUUUUUGUUGAAUGUAAGAAUUAGAUCUAUUUUUUAAAAGUAAUGAUGUUGAAACGAG